AUGGCAAGAUCCCUGGCCCUUUUUGGCUUCUGCAUUGCAAUCCAAAUUUUCGUGGGGUUUGCUGAUAAACUGUCCUUAAGCAUUGAUUGUGGAGUAACUGGCAGGCACUCCGACGGGUUGGGCAUCAACUGGAUCGGCGACGAUGGCUAUAUCAAGGCCGGGAAAGCUGCCGAAGUGCAGAUUCUUGGUAUAUACUCUCGAGAGCACAACAGCCUCCGCUACUUUCCCUCCCAAAAGAAGAGCUGCUACCUCAUCUCAGGCGUAACCACGGGCAGGAAGCAUAUGAUUGGGGCACACUUCUUCUAUGGCAACUACGACGGCAAGUCAUCGCCACCAUCUUUCGAUCUUCUAUUCGAUGGCAACCAUUGGGCCAGCGUGAUAACUUCGUCCACCGAGUCCUAUUAUUCUGAAGUCAUAUAUGCACCGAAGAGAGACAACAUCAGCGUCUGUCUUAAUCGGACAUCGCCCAACCAGACACCCUUCAUCUCCAUUCUUGUAAUUCGGGAAUUUGAGCUGGGCAUGUGUGAAACGGAUGACGAAGAAGACGUUCUUCUACGGAGAAGCAGGAUAGCCUUUGGAGCAGAUGACCUUCUAAGGUACCCCGAUGACCCUUACGAUCGUUAUUGGUAUCCAAGCGAUGCGAUGGACGGCGUGAUCAGCGUGGCGAGAGAUAACAUGAGCUUCAUCCAGGGCUUCCAGGAUAUUCCAGGAAAAGCAUUGGUCAACGCCAUAACACCAGCGUCAUUCGAUUUCCUUGUUGAUGACAUCAAGCGGAACAAUGAUACAAUCAUCCCUCCUUACCAGUCUUAUAUAACCGAUUACAAUGGUGGUCGUUACCUGACUACUGGAUCGGUCAUUUCAUUGGUCAACACAGCUGAUGCGUCCCUUCCUCCAAUCCUCAACGCCAUGGAAGUUUUCAGAGUCCAACGAGGACUCGCUGCAGGAACCAACGCAGACGAUGAAAUCAAGCAUGGUUUCCCUUAUGCAGAGAUAGUGAAAAUAACCAACAAUUUUGAGAAAGUAAUUGGUGAAGGAGGAUCUGGCAGUCUAUACUAUGGACGACUUAAAAAUGGUCAUGAACUUGCUGUCAAGGUGCUAAAGAAUUCACUGUCACAAGGAACCAAGGAGUUGCUAGCAAAGGUGAAGCUACUGGUUGGUUACAGUUCACCACAAAUGCUUAGUCCCCUUUGUUGGCUACUGUGA